AUGGUGGAUACGAGUGACGAAUGGAUUCGUCAACGCACAGGAAUUACCGAACGACGCAUUGCUGAAGACGAUGUCGCUACAUCAGACCUCUGUAUACAUGCCGCACGAUGGGCAAUUAAAAAUGCUAAUAUUGACCCACUUGACAUCGAGAUGAUUCUCGUUGCUACCGUGACACCUGACACGUUUUUUCCCUCAACAGCGUGCUAUGUCCAGAAAGGCAUCGGUGCGAAGAACGCCGCCGCAAUGGAUUUAUCUGCUGCGUGUGCCGGUUUCCUUUAUGGGCUGGAUUUAGCCGAUGGCAUGAUUAAAUCUGGACGAUAUAAUACCAUUCUGGUCAUUGGUGGUGAAGUUUUUAACAACAUCAUUGACUGGAACGAUAGAAACACAUGUGUCCUCUUUGGAGAUGGCGCGGGUGCUGCUAUAGUCCAAGCCACGGAUGAACCUAAAGGGAUCCUUGCAUCUUAUAUCGGGUCCGAUGGAGAUUAUGCUGAUAUCGUGGAUCCAGAAUGCCGAUCACGCCCGGAAGCGAUUGACCAAAAAAGGGACAAACUUCAGAUGAAUGGUCGAGAAGUCUUUAAACUCGGGGUGCGACUUAUGCCCGAAGCUGCGCAACGCGUUCUACGUGAGGCAAAUGUUAGCAUUGAGGAGAUCGACCUGUUGAUCCCGCAUCAAGCGAAUUUGCGCAUCAUUGAGGCAGUCGGCGACAGACUCGGCGUACCGCGAGAGAAGGUCUAUGUUAACGUUGAUAAAUAUGGUAAUACCUCCGCAGCAACGGUGAUUAUCGCGUUGGAUGAGGCAAUUCGCGAAGGGCGGGCAAAGCCAGGAGAUCUGCUUCUGUUUGUAACUUUUGGCGCGGGUUUAACAUGGGGAAGUACACUCCUACGAUUGUAA